AUGGCCUCCGCCAGGCUGUCACCAACGGCGAACUUGCUGCGAAAGUCGCGUUUAUUCGCACUCCCCAAAACCCUCAAUGGCCCUAAGGAUCAAACGUCGAGAGAAUCCGGCACUGCAACUCUGCCUCACCCCAUCCGAGCCUCCAUCGUUACACCGCAAUCAUCACUAGCCCGAGGCGAUUGGGGAUUGAAGCGACCUUUACCGGCCAAAUCGACGUCGGAGAAAUCAUCGAGACCUGUGGUCAGGUUGCACGCCCUUGAUACGUAUGAACAUGUCACCGACUUCGAAUCCGCCGCAGAUCACACUGUGACUCUCGAGAAGUUCCAGGAGAUGCACAUGCCAAUGUCCCUCCCCUCCAAAGUCAAUUAUGCUACAAGUGUUGUGCCAAGGCAUCAAAGUCCGUUCGAGACACAUCUCGACAACACCGAGACCAGCCAGGGUCUCCAGGAACCUGGUGCUAAACAAUUCAGACACACCGGUCCUUGGCUUGCUGGGCAGACGGAAGCAGAGUUUGCAGCGUACUUGAAGCAAGUGACUCGCAAUAAGCCUGAGCUCCUAAAGAAGCUUCGUGAACAGUUUGUUGCUAAGCGGUCUGCUGAGAUUCGGAAGCUGGCACAGGAUAAUGGAGAGGACUUGGAGGCUCAUCCCGCAACCGUCACCGAUGCGGAGUUUAAUGUCUACAUCAAAACCCUCCGUAAUGACCCAUUCGCUCUCGGUCCUGUGCGUAUCGGGCGCAAGUACUAUCAAUCCCCUGGAACUAAGCUGUCCUCAUUCGAAUACGCCGUCUCAGGGCCCCCAAAGACACACCCGUCUGCCGGCCUGUCAUACACACGAUCACACGCUCUGAUCCACAACCACGCCCAGUUUGGCCCACAGGCCCACCAGCGCCCCGUGGAGGCUCGCAUCUUGCGCCCCAAGGGACGCUUUAAGGGACGCAUGGCUCGGGCUCUCGCAGGUAUCGGUGGUAUUGCCGUCGAAGAUCUGAAUGCCAUGACCUUUGUGGAGCAAGGCACACCUCCCGGUCUGACUUUCUUUGAUGCGUCCAUCCCCGGUGGAGGUAAAUACUGGGUUACUCCCAUCCGGGCUUCGAUUGACUCCGACGGCCGCAUUGGCCUUUCAUCUUAUCGCGCGAGUGCAACCUCCAAGGCCCCUUACGGAAUCGAAGACCACCACAAGCCGAGUACCUUGACCAUCUCCGACGUUGCCACUGCCCCCUCCCCACUGGUCCCAAGAUUGGACCGACAGUCAUUCGGCCAGCCUCGGUUCCAGCCUUCCACGGAGAACCGUCCUCGGAGACAACCCACGAGAGGGACAGAGGACGUCGCACGCAGCCUCCUCAAUAACCUCAACUCUAGGUCAUAG